AUGUCCAACUUUCCCUCCCCAGCUACUGACGACACCGACUCCCUCAUCUUGUCUGCUACCCCAACGCCGUUCAGUCACUUACACAGAACCGUUAGUCGUGGUUCCCAAUGGUCUGCCACAGAUACUCCCCUGCAUCAUAAUCAAGGGACUUCCUACUUUCAGCCCUCUCCCCCGACUUCAUGGAAUCAACCUCCCCCCAUUCUCAUCCGGAAUAGCUCUGCUCACUCAAAUAGACGUGGUGCGAGAAGCACAAGCGUUAGCAGUUCGGCUAACAAUCGUGGGUAUCGCGAUGAUGAUGCCUUGAGUGAAGAAGAUGAAGAUGCAGAUGAGGAUGAAGACGCAAUUGCUGGGCGACAGCGUCGUCAUCUGCGUGGAAAAGCUACUGCGGUUGAGGCAGAGGAAGAUACCGGUGAUGGGGAGGACGACGACGACGACGAGGGUACUAGUAGAGAAGAUGACCCCAUUACCUUGAAGGAGCGCCAAUCCCUCAUCAACGUCCAACAUCCUUUCGGUCUUCCGAUUUGGAAACCCGCGUUGUACAAGAAGACCCGCUCGGUUACUCGUCACGCAGAUGAGGCCCUCCACUCUGUCCCGUCCGCCCAAGCCGAACGACAUCUCCUUCCUGGAAAUUUGUUUUGGGUUCUAGCUUUCGGUUGGUGGCUGGGACUUACGUGUUUUUCCGUUUCUGCAGUGUUAUACGUGAUACCACAAGGAGGGAAACGGUAUGCAUCUCUGGUCUUUGGACUGGGGUGGUAUCUCGCAUGGCCAUUUGGAAAAUAUGUUGAAGGGGAUGACUCUGCUUCCGAGGACGAUGAACCGGAGGAGGAGGGUCUUCAUACCAGACGUUGGAGCGGUAGUAAUCACACUGUCCGUGGCAUUUCGCCCCCCGUACCAGACUUUCAAGGCGGGGUUUCGCCAACGAGCACUGUCCGACACCCGCCACUCUCGCAGCAUUCUACCAUUAUGCCGGACACAUACGCCGCGGCGCAACACGCGCCGACCUCCUCGUGGCGAUCAGAGCCCAGCUCUACUGGGGAGGGCUGCCGUCUUUUGCAAACUCAAAUUCCUAGCAAGUCUUACGGUGCAACCUUAUUGCCUACGACCUCUUCCGUAAGUGCAAUCGGUGUAUCUGAGCUCAAGGCCAGCGACAUCCUCGGGAAAUUUUGUUUUUGGCUCGCUUUCGUUUUCAUCAUCGCGCCUCUCAUGCUUCUUGUAUGCCUCAUAUGUUGGGCCCUGGUAGUCACUAUUCCUAUGGCAAAACUGAAUUGGGCACUGAUCAAAUAUAUGUUCGAACGGCCCACUACUAUCCGUUUCUGCGCAGCUCCUCCUGUUGUUGUGGUUGCCAAUCAAACCGUACCAAACGACCCGGCCGCCACACAGGCAGCCGAUGGAACAGCCCCUGUACCUGCGACCCAAUUCUCGGUCAAACACCCCAGGCUUUCUGCAGGACAAGCAGCUCCGUCGGGGUCUCCUACAUCAACUGUCUUACUGUGUACCUACCGCGCAGUCGGCUUGCAGUACUACAAGUAUACUGUAGGCGGAGUGAACAUUCUUUUUGUCAACCUCCUUCCGAUUGUCUUCUUUGUCAUCUUUGACGGAUUUGUCCUCCUGCCUAUGGUUGAACGCCUUGAACACGAAAAAAAGCACGUCCCAGCCUUCUUGGCCGCUAUAGCAUCACAAGGGCUUAUAUUCCUGCUCUGUCUUACGAGUGUGAUUCCCCUUUCAUAUUUCAUUGGGAUGGCAGUAGCAUCUAUAUCAGCCCAAUCGUCAAUUGGAAUGGGUGCGGUCAUAAAUGCCACCUUUGGUUCAAUUAUCGAAAUCAUUCUCUACGCCAUUGCACUUACUCAGGGCAAAGGUCAUCUGGUUGAAGGUUCCAUCGUUGGCAGUCUUCUUGCAGGUGUUUUGCUGAUGCCUGGAAUGAGCAUGUGUAGUGGUGCGUUGCGUAGAAAGGAACAGAAGUUUAACGCCAAGAGUGCUGGUGUCACUAGCAUGAUGUUGAUCAUGGCCAUUAUAGGAGCUCUGGCUCCAACGUUAUUCUAUCAAACAUAUGGCAAUUUCCAAUUGAUCUGCAGCGGGUGUCCUUCUCUGCCUGGGGGACCCGGGGAUGCUCCAUGGAUUUGCGACCACUGUUAUUACAAGCAUCCAGACCCGGUAGACGAUCCCUUCUACCAGUCGACGGUCAAAAGCUUGAUGUACUUUUGUGCUGCAAUUCUCCUUUUCUCGUAUCUUAUUGGUCUCUGGUUCUCCCUCCGCACGCAUGCCUCCCAAAUCUGGCAGAAUCCUCAACAACUCUUGCAUCCAAUGGAGUUGCCCACUCAUACGCGCAUGUCCCUCUACCACAAACCUGCUAAUCAAAAUCAAAAUGCUGGCCAGCCCCCUGCUUCUCUGCAUCGGAAAGCAAGUAACGCAACAAAUGUGGGAAGCAAUGCACCAUCACGCACACAAACACCUGCACCUCGCGAAGGUUCGCAAUCAAUCCCAAUUGCUUCAACUCCGCAACCAGGUCGCCCUGGAGGGCCAGCAUCACCCAAUCUCCCGAGAAGAGUUUCUUAUGCUGUUUCUCAACAACCCGGUUUCUUACCUGUGAUGGAGAGUGUUGAACACGCUGUGAAAAGCACCGACUUGGAAAAUGUUCGUCUUCCCGGAUCUAUGACCACGGAUGACUUUACCCGUGCGGUUGCGGUUGCAACAGUUAGUGCUCUUCGUCACCAACAAACCCAUGCACAAUCUCCAGGUAGAAUACGAACAUCUGCAGGGGUUGAAAGUGAAGCUGCGGGACAUGGGGGACAUGAUGCGCCUUCCUGGAGUCGCACGACAAGCGCCAGCGUCUUGCUGACUUGCACUUUUCUUUACGCUAUAAUUGCUGAACUGUUGGUUGACGUCGUCGACGUUAUCUUGGAAGAUUCUGGCAUCGACGAGAAGUUCCUGGGUGUUACUCUAUUCGCUCUUGUCCCAAACACCACGGAGUUUAUGAAUGCAAUCUCAUUCGCUCUGAACGGAAAUAUCGCACUUAGUAUGGAGAUCGGCUCAGCAUACGCACUUCAAGUUUGUCUCCUCCAAAUCCCGGCAAUGGUUGCUUUCUCCGCUUGGUACAAUCCUGAAAACAUGGGUGAAGUGGCAAAAACUUUCUCGUUAAUCUUCCCGAGAUGGGACGUUGUUGUUAUCAUCCUUUCCAUGUUUUUGAUGACAUAUACAUAUAUUGAAGCCAAGAGCAAUUACCAUCGAGGAAGUAUCCUUAUUCUGAGCUAUCUUGUGCUGACGUCUGGCUUCUACUUUGCACCCCCAUCUGCCGUUGACAUCGACCAAGGCCAUCUUCAGCCACUCCGAGAGUUCCCAUCAUUAACUUUCCUGCAGAGCCUUCGGUGGUAUCUCUCAUCUAUCUGGUGA